AUGGGCAUCUGUUUAUCCUCCACCAAAGUCAGCGGCUCCAGCAGCAACAACGCCGGUGCUUCCAAUCGCAACCGAAAAUGUUCGGCGCCCGUGCGGGGGGAGACCGUGACGGCGCAGAAGCAGCAGCCAUCGCAGGGUCAACGGCGACGCGUGCCGGAUGAUUCUCAGAAGCACCCACGCCCCAGGGAGAAAACGAGCACGCGUCGCCAAGGGGGACACGUCCCCUGCGGAAAGCGCACGGAUUUCGGGUACGAUAAAAACUUCGACAAGAAAUUCUCGCUCGGGAAGUUGUUGGGACACGGGCAAUUCGGUUACACCUACGUCGGGAUAGACAAAGUAAAUGGGGAUCGUGUCGCCGUUAAGAGACUCGAGAAGAACAAGGUAUUCAGUGUUACGCUUUCUGUUCUUCCGCAGGGACGGGAUACCCAGUUUAGAUUUUGUGAUCGUUAUGCGGAAAUGGAAAUAUGUUUGUGUUCUUUUUCCAAUUUUGGUUGA